AUGUUCGUUCAGGGUCCUCGAGUGUUUCAAGAUAAGUCAGAUUUAUCAGAUGAUGCUAGUGAUGAUGAAUUGAGUGAUGAAACACUACAGAAACGACGAGAAGAAUGCGAAAGAAAAGCAAGAAGAGGGGAGAUGGACCCCAGAUUGGAGUUUGCUCUUCAGCUUCUGAUGGAUGGAACCGGUUUGCUACGUCAUGAAGUAAUGGACCACGUCUUUGAAGGAGACAUGCUUGACGACAUUAAUCAAUUCUUCCUACCACACAUGAAACCAACUCUUGUUUGGUAUUAUCAAGCAGUUGAAGAACCAGAACUCCAUCGUUCCACUGAGAUAAUAGGAAAGGGAGGCGGAUCAAGAGGUGCUGGAGCAAAUACUAGUCAAAAUAAAGUUAAAGAGCAAAAAGAAAUCAAAGAAGAACCUAAGAAAAAACUCUUUCUAACUGAUGGAUGGCAAGUGCCAUGUUCUGGAGUCUGCAUUUACAUGUUUCGAAUUAAUACGUCCAAACAACUUCCUGAAGAAGGUUUUCAAAAGGAUUUAUUCACUGGUGUUAUAGAUACUGCUAAAGUGAGUAUAAUUGCUUCGAUUCAAAGAGUUGUAGAACAAGUUUUCAUGGAUGCUCUAGCACAUCCAGCUGGAGAUGAUGAUGAUGAUUGCCCGAUGAUCAAGAGUUUAUUAUUACCUGGUCUUAGAUCAUUUUGUAGUGCUUUAAAAGUUUGUGAGCAAGUAGCUUUGGAAGGAAAUAUUUUUAAUGAUGGUGAAACGAUGAUGGAAAGUGUCAAUAAUUUCGAAACAGCUAAAGCUCUAGUGUCACAGGAUGGAGUGGUUGAUAAAAUUGAAGAACGAGUUAAAUUAUGGAUUAAAAAACUCAAAGAUUUUAUUUUGGAGAGUAAACAAGUUAGAAGAGAAAAUGAUUCAUCAGGACCUCAACAAGAAUUGGAAUAUUGGAAGAGAAGAGGAGCACAAUUCAGUCAAUUAGCAACAAAGAUUGAGGAGCACGAAGUACGAAUGUCAUUGCUGUGUCUUCAAGUUGCCCGUUCAAAAUUAAUUAAAGAGUGGGUUGAUGUUGAAGAUGAAGUAACCUAUUGUUACAGUGAAGCGAAAGAUAAUGCUAAAUUUAUUCAAGCAUUGGAAAAGUGUUGUCACUGUCUUUAUCUAGAUGAUCCUGUGAGGAUGAGAGAAUCUCUUGUAUCACUUCUUCAAACAGUUCGAUUGAUUUACAGCGUAUCAAGAUAUUACAACACGUCUGAAAGAACUUCAUCACUGAUGGUUAAAAUUACCAAUCAAAUGAUUGUAGCUUGUAGAGAUUAUGUAACUCAAAGAGGUCGCGAAACAGUCUGGAGUCUAGACAGACCUACAGCACGAUCAAGAUUGAAACACUGCUUGAGGCUAAAUAAAGCAUAUAGGGAAACAUACAGACUUGUUCGAUGUUCACCAGCAGUGACAGAACAAGAAUUUUCAUUUUCUGAAACUCACGUUUUUGGAAGAUUCGAUUCUUUUUGCGCGCGAAUUAGAAAAAUUUUGACCAUGUUUGAUUUGAUUGAUGAUUAUCAAAAGCUGUUCGAAAGAAGAAUGGAAGGAUUACUGUUAGGAGAAGCAUUAGAAGAAGCAACAAAAACAUUUGAAGAGGCAAAAAAAAUUGCUAUAAAUAAAUCAUAUGAUUAUUUGGAUCCACGAAAUUCAGAAUUUGAUAAAGAUUAUGAUGUGUUUAUAUCAAAAACAAUUGCAUUAAAGGAAAAUAUUGGAGAAAUAAUAGAAAAAAAUUAUGCUGAUGUUUGGGAAACUCCACAAGGCAUACGUUUUUUAACUAGAUUUGAAAAAGUCAGUGAAAAAAUACCACUUACUAAAUUGGAUGAAAAAUAUAACAUGGUAGUAAGAUACUGUGACAAGGAAGUUGAGCGAACUUUAAAGCUAUUCAAAAAGCAAAGAGAUGAUCCUCCAUUACCAAGACAUAUGCCUCCAAUUGCCGGUCGAUUAACUUGGGCGAAUGCUCUCAAAGUACAUUUAGAUGAACUGACAACCUCUGUAUCCAAUCAUCCAGUGUUAAGAACUCUUCCACUUACUGCAGAUUUAGUCAAAAGGUAUAAUCAUGUUGUAACUAUAUUACUUCAAUAUCAAACAGAUAUUGCUGAAGUGUGGACCCAUCAAAAUUCAUGGGUUAUUGAAGAUUGUUUAAAAAGGCCUCUCUUGGUUAUUGAUUCAGAAACCAAUAAAGUCAAAGUAAAUCUUGAAGGUCGUAUUACUCUACUCUUACGUGAAGCCGAUUGCCUAUCAAAACUUAAGUUAGAAAUCCCAAUCGUAGCUCUCACAAUUCUCGUAAAACGUGAUCAUUUUACUCUAGUGCAUGAUUCCUUACAAUUAGUACUUCAAGAAUUUUUAUCCACUGCAAGACGGGUUAAAUUAGAAGUUCGACCACUUUUAUUGCCACAUCUGGUACGUGUGGCAUCACUUUUAAUCCCUGGAUUAAAAACUUUAACUUGGACUAAGUCAGGAUGGAAGGAGUUUUGUCAGAAUACUCGUGAAGAAAUAAAGUCAUUUGAUAUUCUAAUAACUAGAGUACAUGAUGUAUACUCAAAUAGAAUUCUUCAAGUACUUGCUAUAAUGCAAAAAAUUACCCUUCAUGUACUACCAGAAGAUGAGCCAUGGUGUAUCGAAGAAUUUAUAGAGAAAAAUGAAGAAGCUUGUAGAAUCGCGGCUGUUGAUCUUCAUAGACGAAGUCUGAUGGUGGAAGAAGCUGUCGAGGAAGUUCUUCAACUUGUAAAAAAUGCUGCAGAUAAUUUUAAAAAUACCGGAGAGGCUGAAUAUGAUUUAGGAGGCGGGAAUGGAUCUUCAUCACAAAGUACCACAGGUGAUACAGGUCAACAACAACAAGAUUGGUCAGUUGUUUGGGCUUGUUUUGAUGAUCCCCAUCAACUUCUGACGACAACUGGAUGUGGUUUAUCUAAAAAUAUGCAAGAGAUGGUCCGAAAUGCUGUCUCAGAAAUGAGACGUUAUUAUUCUCGGAAGGUUGUAGAUGUUUUGAUUAAAGUCACCCGGAGUUCGUUGGAUGCGAUAAGGAAACGAUUUGUAAGAGAAAUAGAUCCUGAAGUAUUACCAAGACCAGUUUUUUUAGUACAAGCUACUUUAAUGAUACCAUCAGUUGUCGUCAAACCAAGUCUUGAAGAUGUUCAAGAAGCUCUGACUACUGUUGGUAAAGCCAUCGCUGGAGUAGCUAAAGGAGUAGCUCAGUGGAAUGCUGGUGCUCAUAAAAGCAACUGGAAAGGUACUGCUUUGGCACCAAAAAAAAAUUUAAUGGAUGUUGUGAUGAAAGCUCAAGUUCAUGCAGACAAACGUCGUGAUGAUGAAAUAGAAGAUCCUAAAAUUCGAAGAAGAAGAUUAUACAGAAGUUCUUCUGAUGAACGUCCAACGUUUCCGAUUCAACAAAGAAACUUUCAUUCCCUAGUCAUAGAAAAUAAAGAAAUUGUAAAAGUUUUAUCAUUAUUAAGUGCGUGUACUCAAGAACUUCGUCAGGAUCUUACAAGUUUUUUGGAUCAAUGGAAAUCAUAUCAAUAUUUAUGGAAACAUGAAAAAAGUAUGCGUGAGCUGUUAGCAUCAACUUUAUCUGAGUUUGAAAGUACUCUCAGAAAACAUAGUGAACUAGAGGACAAACUUGCUACUGAAUCAGAUAUGUGUUACUUAGGAUCAUCUAUAGCAUUGUGUACUGAGAAACUCAAAUAUGCUCUUUCAACAGAAAUUAAAAAUUCAACUCAUAAAAUAGGACAGGCAAUGAAGAAAAAAUAUCGAAGAGAAAUGGAGUAUGUGUACGCAGUGAUGCACGAAAUGGAUCGGAAAUUAGAUCGUCAAGUUCGUGAUUUGGAUGACGUAAGACAAGUAAUGGAUACUUUAAAAAAGAUAAGAGAGCAAGAGGUGGACAUGGAGUUGAGAAUUGAUCCAAUAGAAGAAGCAUUCAACAUCGUAACUCGUUAUGAAGUUCCAGUAGAUCAAGAGUGUCUUGAACAAGUUGAUAACUUAAGAUAUACUUGGCUGCAGCUGUUGGCAAGAGCUCAAGAAAGUCACGUUUUACUGCUGACUCUCCAGCCGCAGUUCGAAGAAGAGUUACGAAAUAAUUUAGAGAAAUUCCGAAUUGAUAACGAAGCUUAUUGUGAAGAAUAUAAGGUAUCAGGACCAAUGCAGCCUGGUCUUACACCUCGAGAAGCAUCGGAUCGUCAAAUUCUCUUUCAGAAUCGCUUCGAUGGAAUGUGGCGGAAAUUGCAAACAUAUCAAAGCGGAGAGGAAUUAUUUGGACUGCCUAUUACUGACUAUCCGGAGCUUUCACAAAUCAGAAAAGAGCUUAAUCUUCUGCAGAAAUUGUAUAAGCUUUAUAAUGAUGUUAUUGAUCGAGUUAGCAGCUAUUACGACAUACCAUGGGGUGAGGUGAAUAUCGAAGAUAUCAAUAAUGAAUUAAUGGAGUUUCAAAAUCGAUGUAGGAAACUUCCAAAAGGUCUUAAAGAGUGGCCAGCAUUUUAUGCAUUGAAAAAAACAAUUGAUGAUUUUAAUGACAUGUGUCCUCUUCUUGAGUUGAUGGCUAAUAAAGCCAUGAAACCUCGUCAUUGGCAACGAAUUGUUGAAGUAACUAGUCAUACAUUUGACCUUGAAAGUGAAGGAUUUUGUUUGAAAAAUAUUUUAGAAGCACCAUUGUUAAAAUAUAAAGAAGACAUUGAAGAUAUUUGCAUUUCUGCAAUGAAAGAAAAAGAUAUUGAAGCUAAAUUGCGUCAGGUGGUGAAUGAAUGGUCAUCACAUGAAUUGACGUUCAUGACAUUUAAUAAUAGAGGUGAAUUAUUACUUCGUGGUGAUACUACAGCAGAAACUAUUGGACAACUUGAGGACAGUUUGAUGAUUUUAGGAUCAUUGAUGUCAAAUCGAUACAAUGCACCUUUUAAAAAACAAAUACAACAGUGGCUCAAUGAUUUGUCAAACACUAAUGAAAUUCUUGAACGUUGGUUGCUAGUACAGAAUAUGUGGGUGUAUUUAGAAGCUGUAUUUGUGGGUGGAGAUAUUGCCAAACAGUUACCUAAGGAGGCCAAAAGAUUUAGUAAAAUAGAUAAAAGUUGGCAGAAAAUUAUGCAAAGAGCUCAUGAAACUCCAGGAGUAGUUCCUUGUUGUGUGGGAGAUGAUUUACUGAAACAGUUAUUACCACAUCUUCAUGAGCAAUUAGAACUUUGCCAAAAGUCUUUAAGUGGCUAUCUUGAGAAAAAACGAAUGAUGUUCCCAAGAUUUUUCUUCGUAUCAGAUCCUGCACUUUUAGAGAUUCUCGGCCAAGCCUCUGAUUCUCAUACUAUUCAAAACCACUUAUUGUCCAUUUUUGACAACACUCGAUAUGUUAAAUUCCAUGAUAUCGAAUACAAUAAGAUGACUGCAAUUAUUUCGUCAGAAGGAGAGACCAUUGUGCUUGAAAGAGCUGUCAGAGCUGAAGGAUCUGUUGAAACGUGGCUCACUCAAUUACUUCAAACUUCUCAACAAUCUUUACAUUCAAUAAUUCGACAGUCAUAUACAAUGAUGAAUGAUCAGAAUUUUAAUUUAUUAUCAUUCUUAGAAAAAAUGCCAGCACAAGUUGGAUUACUCGGCAUUCAAAUGAUUUGGACAAGAGAUGCAGAAAUAGCUUUGAUGCAAGCACGGGCUGAUAAAAAAAUUAUGGGAGAAACCAAUAAUAGAUUUUUAGAGCUCUUAAAUACUUUAAUCGAUCAGACUACAAGGGAUCUUACGAAAAUUGAUAGAAUUAAAUUUGAAACUUUAAUUACAAUUCAUGUUCAUCAACGAGAUAUUUUUGACAUGAUGUGUCGACUGAAUGUAAGAACUGUUACAGACUUUGAAUGGCUGAAGCAAUGUCGUUUUUACUUCAAAGAAGAUCUUGAUAAGACAAAUAUAUUCAUUACAGACGUUCAGUUUAUAUAUCAAAAUGAAUAUCUUGGAUGUACUGAACGUCUUGUAAUUACACCUUUAACUGACAGAUGCUACAUCACAUUAGCUCAAGCUAUGUCAAUGUCGAUGGGUGGAGCUCCAUGUGGUCCCGCAGGAACUGGGAAAACAGAAACAGUAAAAGAUAUGGGGAAAACAUUAGCAAAAUACGUCGUUGUAUUUAAUUGCUCAGAUCAAAUGGAUUAUCGUGGACUUGGUCGUAUCUAUAAAGGUCUAGCACAAAGUGGAAGUUGGGGAUGCUUUGAUGAGUUCAAUCGUAUAGAAUUACCGGUUUUAUCUGUAGCCGCACAGCAAAUUGCUGUCGUUUUAGCUGCUAAGAAAGAAAAGAAGAAAGAAUUCAUUUUUACUGAUGGAGAUCAGACUGAAAUGUGUCCGGAGUUUGGUAUUUUUAUUACAAUGAAUCCAGGAUAUGCCGGAAGAAAAGAACUUCCAGAAAAUUUGAAAAUUCAAUUCAGAACUGUUGCUAUGAUGGUACCAGAUCGUCAAAUAAUCAUUAGAGUUAAAUUAGCCAGCUGUGGUUUCUUGGAGAACAUUACAUUGGCAAGAAAAUUCUAUACUCUUUAUAAAUUAUGUGAAGAACAAUUAACAAAGCAAGUGCAUUAUGAUUUUGGUUUAAGAAAUAUUCUAUCAGUUUUGAGAACUCUGGGUGCUGCUAAAAGAAUUAAUUCGAAAGACUCGGAGAGCACGAUAGUAAUGCGUGUAUUACGAGAUAUGAAUCUUUCAAAGUUGAUUGAUGAAGACGAACCACUUUUUAUUUCUCUCGUAGCAGACUUGUUUCCAAAUCAAGUACUUGAGAAAACAUCAUACCCAGAACUGGAAGCAGCAAUAGAUCAACAAGUUCAAGAAGCAGGACUUGUUUAUCAUCCGCCUUGGGUAUUAAAAUUAAUUCAAUUAUAUGAAACUCAACGAGUGAGACAUGGAAUUAUGACUUUGGGACCAGCAGGAGCUGGGAAAACUACUUGUAUUCAAACUUUGAUGAAAGCUUUAACUCAAUUAGGUGAAAACCAUAAAGAAAUGAGAAUGAAUCCAAAGAGUAUUACAGCAGCUCAGAUGUUUGGAAGAUUGGAUGUCGCCACUAAUGAUUGGACUGAUGGAAUAUUUUCAGCACUUUGGAGAAAGACUUUAAAGUUGAAGAAAGAUGAACAUGUUUGGUUGGUAUUAGAUGGUCCAGUUGACAGUAUUUGGAUUGAAAACUUAAAUUCAGUACUUGAUGAUAAUAAGACUUUGACGUUAGCUAAUGGAGAUCGUUUAGGAAUGGCUCCUACAUGUAAAAUAAUUUUUGAACCUCACAAUAUUGAUAAUGCAAGUCCUGCUACAGUAUCACGAAAUGGAAUGGUUUACAUGAGCUCUUCAGGACUUGAUUGGAAACCUGUCGUGACAGCUUGGCUGAAAUUUCGAACUCCACUCGAGCAAGAAGUUCUUGAAAAAAUUUUCGAUGAAUCAUUUCCUACAAUUUACGCCUGGGGUACUCAAACUCUCAACGUAGCAAUAAAAGUUCUCCAAUGCAACAUAAUCCGACAGAUGCUAUGUCUACUCGAAGGAUUAGUACCACCAGAAGUUCCCCCUGAAGAAGUUGAAGAAGAAGAUGAGUUUGAGAAAGAUAAACCUCAACCCAUGACAGAAGAUCACUUGAAAAGAUUAUACGUCUUCGCUUUAAUUUGGGGUAUUGGCGCUUUACUCGAAACAGCAGAUCGACUUAAAUUUGAUGAACAUUUAAGAACGAAUUUUACUAAUUUAGAUUUGCCGACAUCUGAAAAAUAUCCCAAAGCAACAGUAUUUGACUUUUUUGUAAAUAAUAAAGGCAAGUGGGACACCUGGACGAGUAUGGUAACUAAUUAUGCUUAUCCAGAUUAUGCUACACCUGAUUAUAAUAGUAUUUUGGUUCCUAUACCUGAUAAUGUAAGAAUUCAAUUUUUAAUUGAUUUAAUUGGUCGUCAAGAUCGACCAGUCUUGCUAAUUGGAGAGCAAGGAUCGGCAAAAACUGUCAUGAUGAAAGCGUACAUGAAAGGUACAAAUCCAGACACGACCUUAUCUAGAUCAUUCAAUUUUUCUUCAGCUACUACACCUUAUCAAUUUCAAAAAACAAUUGAGAGCUAUGUUGAAAAACGGAUGGGUAAUACUUUUGGUCCUCCAGGUGGUAAAAAAAUGUUAGUUUUUGUAGAUGAUAUAAAUUUACCUCAAAUCAAUGAAUGGGGUGAUCAAAUAACUAAUGAAAUAGUAAGGCAAACAAUGGAUAUGAAAGGAUUUUAUUCAUUGGAAAAACCGGGAGAAUUUACAGUAAUUACUGAUGUAACAUUCCUUGGAGCAAUGUGUCAACCUGGAGGAGGAAGAAAUGAUAUUCCUUCAAGAUUAAAAAGACAAUUUUGUAUUUUUAAUUGUACUUUACCAAAUCAUGCAGCAAUUGAUAAAAUAUUUAGUGUUCUUGGAGAAGGACAUUAUAAUACAAAGAGAGGAUUUUCAAGUGAAGUUAGAAUGCUAGUGAAGAAAAUGGUACCAUUAACAAGAAUUUUAUGGCAAAGAACUCGAGCUAAAUUAUUACCAACUCCAGCUAAAUUCCAUUAUGUUUUCAGUUUAAGAGAUCUUUCACGAAUUUGGCAAGGAAUGAUUGGUACUUUAUCCACAGUUAUUGAAAAAGAAAGUGUUUUAAUGUUAUUAUGGAAACACGAAUGUACUAGAGUUUUUAGCGAUCGAUUAACAAUGUUAUCUGAUAAAAAAUGGUUUGACGAAGAAAUAAUCAGUGUUGUUAAAGAACAUUUAGGAGAAUCUUAUGUAGAGAUGAUGAAACCUAGCCCAGCUUUCGUAGAUUUCAUGCGAGAUGCUCCUGAACCAACUGGAGAAGAAGGAGAAGAUGCUGACAUGGAGUUACCCAAGGUUUAUGAACCAGUAUUUGAUGAUCAAACAUUGAGAGAUCGCUUAGAAAUGUUUUUGGCACAGUUUAAUGAAAUGCAAAGAGGUGCUGGUAUGGAUUUGGUAUUUUUCCCCGAUGCUAUGCUACAUUUGGUCAAAAUAUCAAGGGUAAUCAGGCAUCCUAAAGGGAAUGUCAUGCUUGUUGGAGUUGGAGGAUCUGGGAAACAAAGUUUGACAAAACUUUCGUCAUUUAUUGCAGGCUAUAAAACAUUCCAAAUCACUCUGACACGAUCCUAUAAUGCAGCAAAUUUUUUGGAAGAUUUAAAAUUUCUCUAUCGAUCAUGUGGAAGUCAGGGAAAAGGAACUACAUUUAUUUUCACUGACUUAGAUAUCAAAGAAGAAGGAUUUUUAGAAUAUCUUAAUAAUAUUUUAAGCAGUGGAGUAAUCAGUAAUUUAUUUACUCGUGACGAACAAGCAGAAAUUAUUUCUGAACUUACUCCGAUAUUAAAACGAGAAAAUCCAAAAAAAACAAUUAAUAAUGAAUUAGUAAUGGAUUUUUUCCUUCAAAGAACAUGUCAAAACUUACACGUUGUCUUUUGUUUUUCUCCAGUUGGAGAAAAGUUCCGUAAUCGAGCUCAAAGAUUCCCUGCUUUGAUAUCAGGGUGUACAAUUGAUUGGUUUCAACCUUGGCCUCGAGACGCUUUAGUUCUCGUAGCUGAUCACUUUCUUCAUGACUUUGAAAUAGCUUGUAGUACUGAAGUAAAAAGCCAAUUAGUUAAUGCUUUAGGAUCGAUUCAAGACGUUGUCUCAGAAACAUCAACAGAGUACUUUCAGAGGUUUCGAAGAGCAACACAUGUCACACCUAAAUCUUAUCUUAAUUUUAUUGGUGGAUAUAAAAAUAUUUAUCGCUCGAAACAGCAUGAACUUGGUGAAGGAGCAAAAAGAAUGGAUACUGGUUUAGCUAAACUAGAAGAGGCUUCAAUUUCUGUUGAAUUGUUGAAAAAAGAUUUAGCUGUGAUGGAACAAGAAUUAGUUCAAGCAUCACAAAAAGCAGAGACUGUUUUACUUGAAGUAACAGAACGAGCAAUGCAAGCAGAGACCUUUAAAAAUCAGGUUCAAAAAGUAAAAGAAAAAGCUGAAGCUCUUGUUGCUUGUAUUGCUGAAGAAAAAGCUUUAGCUGAGCAAAAAUUAGAAGCUGCAAAACCAGCUUUAGAAGAAGCUGAAGCUGCUUUGAAUACCAUCAAACCAGCUCAUAUUGCAACUGUGAGAAAACUGGGGCGACCUCCGCAUCUCAUUAUGAGAAUAAUGGAUUGUGUUCUAAUUUUAUUUCAGAGAAAAAUUAGUCCAGUAAUUCCUGACGUACCUAAUCUAUGUCCCAAACCUUCUUGGGGUGAGUCUUUAAAAAUGAUGGCCAGUACUACAUUUUUGCUUCAAUUGCAAAAUUAUCCAAAAGACAUAAUUAAUAAUGAAAUGGUUGAGCUUCUUCAACCAUAUUUUAAAAUGGAAGAUUAUAAUAUGGAAACAGCAAGACGUGUUUGUGGUGAUGUAGCUGGUCUAUUAUCUUGGACUAAAGCUAUGGCUUUUUUUCACUCAGUCAACAAAGAAGUUCUUCCGUUGAAAGCUAAUCUUGCUCUUCAAGAAGCAAGACUUAAAGUUGCAAUGGAAGAUCUCGCUAAUGCGGAAAGAGAACUUUCUGAACGAGAAAUGGCCUUGCAAGCUGUUAAAGAGCAAUAUGACUCAGCAGUAUAUGAAAAACAGAGGUUGACUGAAGCAGCAAAUGUGUGUUUAAGAAAAAUGACUGCAGCAACUGCUUUGAUUAAUGGGUUGGGAGGUGAGAAGAUAAGAUGGACUGAGCAAAGUGGAGAAUUUAAAAUUCAACUCGGCAAACUUGUUGGAGAUGUUUUAUUGGCAACUGGAUUUUUAUCCUAUUGUGGACCAUAUAAUCAACAAUACAGAGCAAGAUUAGUUACUUCAUGGAUGGAAAUUUUAACAAGUCGACGUAUUCCUUUUACAAAAGAUUUAAAUAUUAUAAAUAUGCUUGUAGAUUCAGCUACAGUAUCAGAAUGGACUCUUCAAGGACUACCCAAUGAUGAGUUAUCUGUCCAAAAUGCUUUAAUAGUUACAAAAUCAUCAUCAUAUCCUCUUUUAGUUGAUCCUCAAAAUCAAGGAAGAAUGUGGAUUAAAAAUAAAGAACAAAAUAAUGAUUUAGUAAUUACUUCCUUGAAUCAUAAAUAUUUUAGAACUCAUCUAGAAGAUUCUUUAUCUCUAGGACGACCUUUAUUAAUUGAAGACGUAGCAGAAGAAUUAGAUCCAGUUAUUGAUAACGUCUUGGAAAAGAAUUUUAUCAAAUCAGGAUCGAUUGAGAAAGUUAUUGUAGGUGAUAAAGAAUGUGAUGUGAUGCCUGGAUUUAUGCUUUAUAUUACAACAAAGCUCCCUAAUCCAGCUUAUAGCCCAGAAAUUUCAGCAAAGACUUCAAUUAUUGAUUUCACUGUUACGAUGCAAGGUCUGGAGGAUCAAUUACUGGGUAGAGUUAUUCUUAUGGAGAAAUCUGAGCUUGAAGCUGAAAGAGUAGCAUUGUUUGAAUCAGUAAUGACAAAUCAGAGGACGAUGAAAGAAUUGGAGAGGACAUUAUUGCAUCGACUAACGUCAUCAGAAGGUUCUCUUGUUGAUGAUGAAGCUUUAAUUAGUGUUCUUAGAGAAACUAAAUCAACAGCUGAAUCAGUGAAUGAAAAAUUGAAAGUAGCUGGGUUAACAGAAAAAAAAAUUACCAUUGCAAGAGAGGAAUUUAGAGCUGUCGCUGCUCGAGGAUCAAUUUUAUAUUUUCUUAUUGUAGAAAUGAGUAAUGUUAAUGUAAUGUAUCAGAAUUCUUUGAAGCAGUUUUUGACUAUUUUCGAUAAUUCCAUCACAAAAUCAACAAAAAGUCCCAAUACUUUGGAAAGAAUUGAGAUAAUUUUGAAUCAUUUGACUUACGAGGUUUGGGCUUUUACUUUAAGAAGCUUAUAUGAGAGACAUAAAUCUUUGUUCACUUUAAUGUUAGCUAUGAAAAUUGACUGUCAUAGAGGAACAAUAUCUCACACAGAAUUUAUGGCUUUCAUCAAAGGGGGAGCAUCUUUGGAUCUUAAUGCUGUAGCGCCAAAACCUUUUAGAUGGAUUCUUGAUAUUACUUGGUUAAAUUUAGUAGAAAUAAGUAAGCUGGAAGUUUUUUCUGAUAUUUUAACCAAGAUUGAAUAUAGUGAACGAGAAUGGAGAGUAUGGUAUGAAAAGGAAAGACCUGAAGAAGAAGAAUUACCCUGUGGAUACCAAAAAAAUUUAGAUGUUUUUAGGAAACUCUUAUUAAUCAGAUCUUGGAGCCCAGAUAGAACUUUAUCACAAGCAAAAAAAUAUAUUGUUGAAUCUCUUGGACAGGAAUACGGAGAAGCUAAAAUUUUAGAUCUUGAAGCAACGUGGCUAGAAUCUGAGCCAAGAUCUCCAUUAAUUUGUAUCUUAUCCAUUGGUUCAGACCCUAGUCCACAGAUUACUAGCUUAGCUAAACAAAAAGCAACACCAUUAAGAGCAAUUUCUAUGGGUCAAGGUCAAGAAUUUCAUGCUCGAAAAUUAAUAAGUGAUGCCAUGAGUGUUGGGGGAUGGGUACUUUUACAAAAUGUUCAUCUUUCUUUGCCCUACUGCAGCGAAGUCAUGGACACUCUGGUAGAUACUGAAACUAUUCAUGAAUCUUUUAGACUAUGGAUAACAACAGAAGUGCAUUCUCAAUUCCCAAUAGGAUUAUUACAAAUGGGAAUCAAAUUCACCAACGAACCUCCUCAAGGGAUUAAAGCAAGUUUGAAAAGAACUUAUCAAGGAGUAACUCAAGAUACUUUGGAUUACAGUACACAACCUCAAUGGCCACCAUUACUCUAUGCUGUAGCUUUUUUGCACACUGUUGUCCAAGAGAGACGAAAAUUUGGUCCUCUUGGGUGGAAUAUACCCUACGAAUUCAAUCAAGCUGAUUUUGCUGCAUCAGUUCAAUUUAUUCAAAAUCAUUUAGAUGAUAUGGAUCCUAAGAAAGGCGUCUCUUGGCCAACAAUCUGUUAUAUGCUAGGCGAAGUUCAAUAUGGUGGAAGAGUCACUGAUGACUUUGAUAAACGCCUUUUAACAACUUUUACUCACGUCUGGUUUUGUGAUGUUCUUCUACGACCUGGUUUUGAAUUUUAUAAAGGCUACAAAGUUCCUCAAACACGAAUUAUCCAAGGAUGUAUGGAUUAUAUUAACAAUUUGCCAGCUACUGAUACUCCUGAAGUCUUUGGUCUGCAUUCUAAUGCCGAUAUUACCUAUCAAAUUAAUACAGCAAAGGGAAUUCUUGAUACUAUCUUGAAUGUUCAACCAAAAGAAGGUGGAUCGCAGGGUGGUGAAACUAGAGAAAAUAUUGUCUAUAGAUUAGCUGAUGAUAUGCUUAGCAAGCUACCAAAACAAUACAAUUCAUUUGAGACUAAAGAAGCACUUCAACGAAUGGGAGCUUUAUUGCCUAUGAAUAUUUUUUUGCGUCAAGAAAUAGAUAGAAUGGCUCGAGUAAUCAAAGAAGUCCAGUCAACACUCACUGAUCUAAAGCUCGCCAUUGAUGGAACUAUUGUGAUGAGUCAAGGUUUAAAAAAAGCUUUAGAUUCUAUGUAUGAUGCGAGAAUACCGGAUAAAUGGCAAAAAAUAUCCUGGGAAUCUGCAACACUUGGAUUUUGGUAUACAGAACUUUUAGAACGUGAUGCUCAAUUCAGACAAUGGUGUAAUCACGGAAGACCAUUUGUUUUUUGGAUGACAGGUUUUUUUAAUUGUCAAGGAUUCUUGACUGCUAUGAGACAGGAAGUAACUAGAGCGCAUAAAGGGUGGGCUUUGGAUUCAGUAGUUCUUCAAAAUUUGAUAACUCGAUAUAAUAAAGAAGAUAUUAAAGAACAAGUACAAGAAGGUGUCUAUGUGCAUGGUCUCUUUUUAGAGGGAGCAUCUUUAGAUAGGAAAACAACAAAAUUAGUAGAAAGCAAGCCUAAAGUUCUUUAUGAACAAAUGCCAGUUAUUUAUAUUUUUGCAAUAAAUACCACUGCAGGAAAGGAUCCAAAACUAUAUGAAUGUCCAAUAUACAGGAAACCUCAAAGAACUGAUCAAAAAUAUGUUGGAUCAAUUGAUUUUGAAACUGACCAUAAUCCUCGGCAUUGGACUUUAAGAGGAGUAGCACUUUUAUGUGAUAUUAAAUAA